AUGCUAACACUUGAACUGCUAAAGCUUGGGAUACUGACACUUGAACUAUUGAAGCUUUGGAUGCUGACACUUGAGCUGCUCAAGCUUGGGAUACUGACACUUGAACUAUUGAAGCUUUCGAUGCUCAUACUUGAACUGCUCAAGCUUGGGAUACUGACACUUGAACUCCUCAAGAUUGGAAUGCCAAAACUUGAACUAUCUAAGCUUGGGAUGAUAACACUUAAACUGCUUAAACUUGAGAUACUGACAAAUGAACUACUCAAACUUGGGAAGCUAACACUUAAACUGCUCAAGCUUGGGAUGCUAAUACUUGAACUGCUUAAGCUUGGGAUAUUGGCAAAUGAACUACUCAAACUUGGGAUGCUGACACUUGAAUGA